CAUAUAAUUUUCCACAUCACGUUGGCAAGUCUGGAGGCACAGCACCGCAUUGCACCUGGUUACAACUGCUCAACCUGGGAAAAGACAUUCCGACAGAUCGGCUUUGAAAGCUUAAAGGGAGCUGACGCUGGCAACGGGAUCCGAGUGUUUGUGCCUGAUGUCGGCAUGUUCAUAGCCAGCCUGACCAUCUGGCUGGUCUGUAGGAACAUCGUUCAGAAACCAGGGACUGAAGAAGCAGCGCAGUAUAACCUGGAGUUUGAGAAUGAAGAAUCGGCUGGAGGAGAAAAAAUAGACCCAGAAGAGGCACUGAUCUAUGAAGAGGAUUUAGAGGAAAGAGAUGGUGUUGAAGGCGAUUUGGAAGAAAGCACGAAAUUAAAACUCUUCCGCAGGCUGGCCUCUGUGGCUUCCAAGCUUAAGGAGUUCAUUGGCAACAUGAUAACCACCGCGGGGAAGGUUGUUGUGACGAUUUUACUGGGUUCAUCAGGAAUGAUGCUGCCCUCUCUGACCUCGUCCGUGUACUUCUUUGUGUUUUUGGGUCUGUGCACCUGGUGGUCCUGGUGCCGGACCUUCGACCCCUUGCUGUUCAGCUGUCUCUGUGUCCUGCUGGCUAUUUUCACUGCGGGACACUUGAUUGGACUGUAUUUGUACCAGUUCCAGUUCUUCCAAGAAGCAGUCCCUCCCAACGACUACUAUGCCAGGUUGUUUGGUAUCAAAUCAGUCAUUCAAACAGACUGUUCCAGCACGUGGAAGAUCAUAGCAAACCCAGACCUGUCAUGGUACCACCAUGCCAACCCCAUCGUCCUGCUGGUGAUGUACUACACGCUGGCCACUCUAAUCCGAAUCUGGCUACAGGAGCCCCUUGUGCAGGAAGAGAGGACCAAGGAAGAGGACAGAGCCCUGGCCUGCAGCCCCGUCCCCAUCACAGCUGAGAGGAGGCGGAGCCUGUGGUACGCGACCCACUACCCCACGGAUGAGAGAAAACUUUUAUCCAUGACUCAAGAUGACUACAAACCAUCUGAUGGCCUGCUGGUGACUGUGAACGGCAACCCCGUGGAUUACCACACCAUCCACCCCAGCCUUCCUCUGGAGAACGGCCCCGCCAAGGCUGACCUCUACUCCACCCCACAGUACCGCUGGGAGCCCGCCGCCGACUCCCCGGAAAAGAAGGAGGGAGAAGAUGAGAACGAAGAAUUUGAGGAGGAGAAGGCCCAUGAGGAGAAAAGGAGUGUCAAAGUCCAUGCCAUGGUCUCUGUGUUCCAGUUCAUCAUGAAGCAGAGUUACAUCUGUGCCCUUAUCGCUAUGAUGGCGUGGAGCAUUACGUACCACAGCUGGCUGACGUUCGUGCUGCUGAUCUGGUCCUGCACUCUUUGGAUGAUUCGCAACAGAAGGAAAUAUGCCAUGAUCAGCUCUCCAUUCAUGGUUGUCUACGGAAAUCUACUGCUCAUAUUACAGUACAUAUGGAGUUUUGAACUCCCCGAAAUUAAAAAGGUCCCAGGAUUUUUAGAAAAGAAAGAGCCAGGGGAACUUGCCUCUAAGAUCCUUUUCACCAUUACGUUUUGGCUGUUGCUGAGACAGCACCUCACAGAGCAAAAAGCUCUCCAAGAAAAGGAAGCUCUUCUGUCUGAGGUCAAAAUCGGAAGUCAGGAAAAUGAAGAAAAAGAUGACGAACAGGACAUACAGGUGGAUGGGGAGGCCCAGGAGAAGAAGGAAGAAGAGGAGGCAAAGGAGGAGAAGCAGGAGCAGAAGAAGGAGGAGGAGGAGGAGGAUGAGCAGGACAUCAUGAAGGUGCUGGGUAACCUGGUGGUGGCCUUGUUCAUCAAGUACUGGAUCUAUGUCUGUGGAGGGAUGUUCUUCUUCGUCAGCUUCGAGGGUAAAAUCGUGAUGUACAAGAUCAUCUACAUGGUGCUCUUCCUGUUCUGUGUGGCCCUGUAUCAGGUGCACUAUGAGUGGUGGAGACGGAUCCUGAAAUAUUUCUGGAUGUCGGUGGUUAUCUACACGAUGCUGGUGCUGAUCUUUAUAUACACAUAUCAGUUUGAAAACUUCCCGGGCCUGUGGCAAAAUAUGACUGGAUUGAAAAAAGAAAAGCUGGAGGACCUUGGCUUAAAGCAGUUCACGGUGGCUGAGCUGUUCACGCGCAUAUUCAUCCCCACAUCUUUCUUGCUGGUGUGCAUCCUGCACCUGCACUACUUCCACGACCGCUUCCUGGAACUCACGGACCUGAAGUCCAUUCCCAGCAAGGAAGACAGCGCCAUCUACAGCCAUGCCAAGGUCAAUGGGCGCGUGUAUCUGAUAAUAAAUAGCAUCAAGAAAAAAAUACCAAUCUACCAAAAUGAACUGGCCCACCCCGAGGGAAGCCUUCCGGACCUCGCCAUGAUGAAGCCAGCCGCCAGCUUGGAGGUGGUGGAAGCCAAGCAGCUGGCUGGACCUGGGGAGGAGAAGCCGGGGGGAUGCCCUGCAAAGGCCAAGAAGGGCGAGCUCGGCAAGGACAGGGAGGAGGAGGACGAGGAGGACGAGGAGGAGGACGAGGAGGAGGAAGAGACGUCAGAUCUGAGGAACAAGUGGCACUUGGUGAUUGACCGCCUCACGGUGCUGUUCCUGAAGUUCCUGGAGUGUUUCCACCAGCUGCAGACGUUCCUGUGGUGGAUCCUGGAGCUUCACAUCAUCAAGAUCGUCUCCUCCUACAUCAUCUGGGUGUCCGUGAAAGAGGUGUCUCUGUUCAACUAUGUAUUUUUGAUUUCUUGGGCUUUUGCUCUGCCGUACGCCAAGCUCCGCCGACUGGCUUCAAGCGUCUGUACUGUCUGGACAUGUGUGAUCAUUGUCUGCAAAAUGUUAUACCAGCUGCAGACCAUUAAGCCUGAGAACUUUUCUGUCAACUGUUCCUUGCCAAAUGAAAACCAAACGAAUAUACCCCUGCAGCAGCUGAACAAGUCUCUGCUCUACAGCGCCCCCAUUGACCCAGCGGAGUGGGUCGGCCUGAGGAAGUCCUCUCCUUUGCUUGUCUACCUGAGGAACAACCUCCUGAUGCUGGCCAUUCUGGCCUUUGAGGUCACCAUCUACCGCCAUCAGGAGUAUUAUCGCGGUCGGAACAACCUCACGGCCCCCGUGUCUAAAACCAUCUUUCACGACAUUACAAGACUCCACCUGGAUGAUGGACUUGUCAAUUGUGCCAAGUAUUUCAUCAAUUACUUCUUCUACAAGUUUGGUCUGGAGACCUGUUUCCUCAUGUCAGUUAACGUGAUCGGUCAGCGGAUGGAUUUCUACGCCAUGAUUCACGCCUGCUGGCUGAUUGCCGUCUUGUACCGGCGCCGAAGGAAAGCCAUCGCGGAGAUCUGGCCCAAGUACUGUUGCUUCCUGGCCUGCAUCAUCACCUUCCAGUACUUCAUCUGCAUCGGCAUCCCUCCCGCCCCGUGCCGAGAUUACCCCUGGAGGUUCGAGGGCGCCAGCUUCAACGACAACAUCGUCAAGUGGCUGUACUUCCCAGACUUCAUCGUGCGGCCCAACCCCGUGUUCCUCGUGUAUGACUUCAUGCUGCUUCUGUGCGCCUCCCUACAACGGCAGAUUUUCGAGGAUGAAAACAAGGCCGCCGUGCGGAUCAUGGCAGGUGACAAUGUGGAGAUCUGCAUGAACCUGGACGCGGCCUCGUUCAGCCAGCACAACCCCGUCCCCGACUUCAUCCACUGCAGAUCGUACCUGGACAUGUCCAAAGUGAUCAUCUUCAGCUACCUCUUCUGGUUCGUGCUCACGAUCAUCUUCAUUACCGGAACGACCAGGAUCAGCAUCUUCUGCAUGGGUUACCUGGUGGCCUGCUUCUACUUCCUGCUCUUUGGGGGCGAUUUGCUGCUGAAGCCCAUCAGGAGCAUCCUGCGAUAUUGGGACUGGCUGAUCGCAUACAACAUCUUUGUGAUCACGAUGAAAAACAUACUGUCGAUAGGAGCAUGCGGCUAUAUUGAAAAAUUGGUUCAAAAUAGUUGCUGGUUGAUCCAAGCUUUCAGCCUGGCCUGCACAGUCAAGGGCUACAAAAUGCCUGAUGAUGAUUCCUCGUGUAAACUACCCAGCGGGGAAGCGGGGAUUAUUUGGGACAGCAUAUGCUUUGCCUUCCUCCUGCUGCAGAGAAGAGUUUUCAUGAGUUACUAUUUCCUACACGUCGUGGCGGAUAUAAAAGCUUCACAGAUCCUGGCUUCGAGGGGGGCUGAACUUUUCCAGGCCACGAUUGUAAAGGCUGUAAAGGCAAGAAUUGAGGAAGAGAAAAAGUCAAUGGACCAGCUGAAGAGGCAGAUGGAUCGCAUCAAGGCCAGGCAACAGAAAUACAAAAAGGGUAAGGAGAGGAUGCUGAGCUUGACUCAGGAGUCAGGGGAAGGCCAGGACAUCCAAAAACUCUCUGAAGAGGAUGAUGAAAGAGAAGCAGACAAACAGAAAGCCAAGGGCAAAAAAAAGCAGUGGUGGCGGCCUUGGGUUGAUCAUGCUUCCAUGGUCAGGAGUGGAGAUUACUAUUUGUUUGAAACGGACAGUGAAGAGGAGGAAGAGGAAGAAUUAAAAAAGGAAGAUGAAGAGCCUCCACGAAGGUCAGCUUUCCAGAGAGCUAUUGGGAAGUUUGCGUCAGCCAUUUUAGCCUUGCCAAAGUCUGUCAUUAAACUUCCCAAAACUAUUCUUCAGUAUUUAAUCAGAGCUGCAAAGUUUGUUUAUCAAGCCUGGAUUACUGACCCUAAAACAGCACUCCGACAGAGGCGCAAAGAGAAAAAAAGAUCUGCAAGAGAAGAACAGAAAAGAAGGAGAAAAGGAUCUGGGGACGUCUUGGCAGGUCCUGUGGAGUGGGAAGACAGGGAGGAUGAACCAAUCAAGAAGAAGUCUGAUGGACCAGAUAAUAUCAUCAAGAGGAUAUUUAAUAUUCUGAAGUUCACCUGGGUCCUGUUUCUGGCGACCGUGGACAGUUUCACAACGUGGCUGAACUCCAUCUCCAGGGAGCACAUCGACAUCUCCACCGUCCUGAGGAUCGAGAGGUGCAUGCUGACCAGAGAGAUUAAAAAGGGCAACGUCCCGACCCGGGAGAGCAUCCACAUGUACUAUCAGAACCACAUCAUGAACCUUUCCAGAGAGUCGGGACUGGACACCAUUGAUGACCGUCCUGGCGCCACCGCAGGUGUACAGACAGCCCACAGGAUGGACAGCUUAGAUUCCCACGACAGCAUCUCCAGUGAGCCCACGCAGUGCACGAUGCUGUACUCGCGCCAGGGGACCACAGAGACCAUAGAGGAGGUGGAGGCCGAGCAGGAUGAGGAGGUGCCUGAGGACACCCAGUCCCCACAGGACCCCAUGCAGGACGGCGACGUGGAGGCCCCGCCGUCCUACAGCAAGGCCGUCAGCUUCGAGCGCCUGUCUUUUGACUCCCGGGACGACUCGGGGGGCCAGACCCACAUGGCAGUCAGCCCCGACGACAGCCGCUCGGACCGCCUGGAGGCCAGCAUCCUGCCACCCCUGACCCAUGAGCUGACGGCCAGCGAGCUACUGCUGAACAAGAUGUUCCGUGACGAUGAGCUGGAAGAGUCGGAGAAGUUCUAUGUUGGGCAGCCCCGCUUCCUGCUGCUGUUCUACGCCAUGUACAACACGCUGGUGGCCCGCUCGGAGAUGGUGUGCUACUUCGUCAUCAUCCUCAACCACAUGGUCUCCGCCUCCAUGAUCACCCUCGUGCUGCCCAUCCUGAUCUUCCUCUGGGCCAUGCUGUCCGUCCCGCGGCCCAGUAGACGGUUCUGGAUGAUGGCCAUCGUCUACACAGAGGUGGCAAUUGUGGUCAAGUAUUUCUUCCAGUUUGGGUUCUUUCCCUGGAACAAGAACGUGGAAUUGAACAAAGACAAGCCUUACCACCCCCCCAAUAUCAUCGGGGUGGAGAAGAAGGAGGGCUACGUUCUCUACGACCUCAUCCAGCUGCUGGCCCUCUUCUUCCACCGGUCCAUCCUGAAGUGCCACGGCCUGUGGGACGAAGAUGACAUCGCAGACAGUGGCUCUGACGAGGUGGGCUCGGACGACGCGCUGUCCCUCGGCCACGGUAGGAGGGGCUCCUCCGACUCCCUGAAGUCCAUCAACCUGGCCGCGUCCGUGGAGUCGGUGCACGUGACCUUCCCCGAGCAGCCGGCCGCCAUCAGGAGGAAGCGCUCCAGCAGCAGCUCCCAGACGUCCCAGGGCUCCAGCUUUUCCUCCAAUAGGUCCAAGAGAGGCAGCACAAGCACCCGAAACAGCAGCCAAAAAGGAAGCAGUGUUGUGAGCAUCAAGCAGAAGAGCAGACGGGAACUUUAUGUGGAGAAGCUUCAAGAACACUUAAUCAAAGCAAAAGCGUUUACCAUAAAGAAGACCCUGCAGCUCUACGUGCCCAUCAGACGGUUCUUCUACGACCUCAUCCACCCCGACUACAGCGCCGUGACCGACGUGUACGUGCUCAUGUUCCUGGCAGACACCGUCGACUUCGUCAUCAUCGUCUUCGGCUUCUGGGCCUUUGGGAAACAUUCAGCCGCAGCCGACAUCACCUCCUCGCUGUCGGAGGACCAGGUCCCGGGGCCCUUCCUGGUGAUGGUCCUCAUUCAGUUCGGGACCAUGGUGGUGGACCGGGCACUGUACCUCAGGAAGACGGUCCUGGGGAAGGUCAUCUUCCAGGUCAUCCUCGUGUUUGGAAUUCACUUCUGGAUGUUCUUCAUCUUGCCUGGUGUGACUGAGAGGAAAUUCAGCCAGAACCUGGUCGCCCAGCUUUGGUACUUCGUGAAAUGCGUGUAUUUUGGGUUGUCCGCCUACCAGAUCCGCUGCGGCUACCCGACGCGGGUCCUCGGAAACUUCCUCACCAAGAGCUACAACUACGUCAAUCUCUUCUUGUUUCAAGGGUUCCGCCUCGUCCCUUUUCUGACGGAGCUGAGGGCCGUGAUGGACUGGGUGUGGACAGACACGACCCUGAGCCUGUCCAGCUGGAUCUGUGUGGAGGACAUCUACGCUCACAUAUUCAUUCUCAAGUGUUGGCGGGAGUCGGAAAAAAGGUACCCGCAGCCCCGGGGGCAGAAGAAGAAGAAAGUGGUCAAGUACGGGAUGGGGGGGAUGAUCAUCGUCCUGCUCAUCUGUAUCGUGUGGUUCCCUCUGCUGUUCAUGUCUCUGGUCAAAUCUGUCGCCGGGGUCAUCAACCAGCCCCUGGACGUCUCGGUCACAAUUACCCUGGGCGGGUACCAGCCUAUUUUCACAAUGAGUGCCCAGCAAAGCCAGCUGAAAGUUAUGGACCAGCCAAAGUUUAAUAAAUUUAUUAAAGCUUUUUCUAAGGACACUGGUGCUAUGCAAUUUCUGGAAAAUUAUGAAAAAGAAGACAUAACAGUAGCAGAACUGGAAGGAAACUCAAAUUCUUUGUGGACCAUCAGCCCUCCCAGUAAGCAGAAAAUGAUACACGAGCUCAUGGAUCCCAAUAGUAGCUUCUCUGUUGUUUUUUCAUGGAGUGUGCAGAGAAACAUGAGUCUGGGUGCAAAAGCAGAAAUAGCAACAGAUAAGCUUUCUUUUCCUCUUAAAAAUACGACACGAGAGCACAUUGCUAAAAUGAUAGCUGGCAACAACACAGAAAGUUCCAAAACGCCAGUGACCAUAGAAAGGAUUUACCCAUACUACGUGAAAGCACCCAGUGACUCUAACUCCAAACCCAUAAAGCAACUUUUAUCUGAAAAUAAUUUCAUGAACAUCACCAUCAUUUUGUCCAGAGACAAUACAACUAAAUCCAACAGUGAGUGGUGGGUUCUCAACUUGACUGGGAAUAGAAUCUACAACCAGCAUGCACAGGCCCUGGAGCUGGUGGUCUUCAAUGACAAGGUCAGCCCCCCAAGCCUGGGGUUCCUGGCCGGCUACGGUAUCAUGGGCCUCUACGCUUCAGUGGUCCUGGUGAUUGGGAAGUUUGUCCGUGAAUUCUUCAGCGGGAUUUCUCACUCCAUCAUGUUUGAAGAGCUUCCGAAUGUGGAUCGGAUUUUGAAGUUGUGCACAGAUAUUUUUUUAGUUCGAGAGACCGGGGAGCUGGAAUUGGAGGAGGACCUCUAUGCCAAAUUAAUAUUCCUGUACCGUUCGCCAGAAACCAUGAUCAAAUGGACCAGGGAGAAAACAAACUGAUGUCC